AUGGGGCUCGAUUUCCAAGCAACUCCAUGUGGGGGAGAGUUCAUCGUGAGCACGCCACGUUGUACCAUCAUCGACCAGCAAAAACCUUCAAGAUGCUUCCUUCCCGUAGUAGUUUUCCUCACUGGCUGCUGUUUCGUGGCAACUGUCCACGCUGCUUGUAAUAAGGGCCCUUUCGACGCCAAGAAAAGCAUUAUUGGACCCGGCACAGGAAAGUACUAUCUGGUGAGAUCGACAUACGAACAAAAUAUAUCCUGUUUGUAUGUGGUUCCUCCUCCGGAAGGGACAACGUUCCCCACAGAAUAUUCGUUCGGGUACAAGGAAGGCAAGACAUGGGUACAGAAAAAGGGGACAGUAAAUGGCGAGGGCCCAAAUAUUAUUGACAGUGAUGCAGGUUUUGGGGUUACUAAUACCACAUUGGUUUACUCCGACUACAACGAGUGCGACGUUGGACUUUUCCACGGAGAGAAAGUUGGGGGACCAUAUGUUGAACUCUGGAAGCACAGCGAUGCCAAAAAGGGAAGCGAGAGUCUUAAGUGCUGUCAGAAGUAUUUCAGGAAGGAACUUGAGAAACAGGGGAAAUCAAAAGAAGAUUUUAAGAAGGUCGACAAACAUUGCAAAUACCCUGCGUAGGAUUCAAGCAAGACCUUCAUGUACGGACAUGCCAAAUAAAGGUUCCUGUAUUUUAGCGUC